ACACAAUGUACAUCCUCGCACUCAACUGCGGCAGCUCAAGCAUAAAGGGCAAGCUGUUCGCGCUGCCCGCAACCCCGUCGGCGCCACUAGCGGCGGUGGCCACGCUCGCGGUCAGCAACAUCGGCGCGAAGGGCGACAACGUCACGCUGCGGCUCAAGUGGGACAACGGGCCGGACGAGCGGCAGACCGGGCCCGACGGCGGCGCUGUCGAGCACCGCGAGCUCUUCCCGUGGAUUCUGGACCAUAUCGCCCGCUCCGGCGCCGUGAAGAAGGACGACAUCAAGUACAUUACGCACCGGAUCGUGCACGGCGGCACCAACACAAAGGGCCUCGUCGUGACUGCUGACCACCGUGAAGCGCUGGGCGAGAUGGACGCCUUGUCCGAGUUUGCGCCGCUGCACAACCACCACGCCGUCCUCGGCGUCAAGGCCUGCCUCGACGUUCUCCCGCAGCACACGUCGCUGCUCCUCUUUGACACGCUCUUCCAUCAAACCAUCCCACCCGAGGUCUACACUUAUGCGCUGCCGCCGCCUGAUGGCAAGCUGCCGAUUCCGCUCCGCAAGUACGGCUUCCACGGUCUCUCGUACGCGUCCAUCGUCCGCUCCCUCGCCUCGUACCUCGGCAAGCCAACCGACACCCUCAACAUUGUCGUCGCGCACCUCGGCUCGGGCGCUUCGUCCGCCUGCAUUCGCGGCGGCAAGUCGAUCGACACGAGCAUGGGCCUCACGCCGCUCGAGGGCCUGGUCGGCGGCACGCGGACCGGCACGAUCGACCCCACCGCCAUCUUCCACCACACCAAGGACUACUGGACCGACGCGGGUCUGCCGGGCAUCAAGGUGUCCAAGGCCGAGGCGCUCCUGAACAAGAAGUCGGGGCUGACGGCGCUGGCGGGCACGCCAAACUUUGCGACUAUCACGACGCGUGCCAACGACCCUACGUCGGCGGAGCACGCGCGCGCCAAGCUCGCGUACGACGUGUUUGUCGACCGCCUCAUGGGCUUUGUGUCGCAGUACCUCGCCAAGCUGCUUGCCACGCUGCCGAUCGCCGAGAUUGACGGGCUGGUCUUCUCGGGCGGCAUUGGUGAGAACGCAGCUGGGCUGCGCGCCGACGUGCUCCAGCGCCUCGGGUGGCUUGGGACCGCUGUCGACGCCGCCAAGAACGAUGUGCGCAGCGACGACGUCGUGCGCGAGAUUACCGUGCCAGGCUCCAAGCUCCGCGGGUGGGUCAUCCUUACCGAUGAGGAGGGAUACUGCGCCCAGGCGGCGCGUGAGCAGCUGGCAUUGUAGGUGGUUAUUCGCAUCGUAUUAGUAGUUUCUAGUUUCCCGGGCAAGCUCUCUCUCUCCUAUCCGUACAUAUAGACGAUACAAUUGGUGCUGUUGGGUGUUAUGCGUUAUGCGAUUGAUGAUCGUGCGUUGGUGCUCAGAUAUGCUGUCGAGGCUGUCGCUGUUGUCGACAAUGCCUUACUUGGCAGGGCGGUCGAUGCCCUCAGUCGCGGUGAGCUCGGCGCGGCGGCAGCUCGAGAAGUUGCCAGCCGAGCAAGCCUUGCACGUCGCCGCGUUGCCGGUGCACUCGGUCGCGAGGCAGCCGUUGCCCUGGCACACGGAGCACGAGGAGGGGUUGGCGGCACAGCCCGUCACCUCGGUCUUUGCGCAGUGGUCGUGCGAGGCGGGGGCGGAGCCGCAGAAGCCGCAGUCGGAGGGGUUGCCGGUGCACGAGGACAUUGUGUGGGUGGGUGGGGGUUGGGCUUGGUGGUAGGGGUUGGUUUGGAUAAGCUGAGCUAGCUGCGAGCUGAGAGACGGCGUGGAGAGC